CAAAAGCACGAGGAAACCCAGCAAAGCGGCGCGGGGUUACGGGGCGCGCGGAGCCGGCCAGGCCCGCGGCGAGCCGCCCCUCCAUCGAGCCGGGCGCGCUGCCCAGCGCCGAGGGGACCCCCGCGGCGGAGGGGCGGGAGCGCGGCGGCCCCGCCGCCCGGGAGGAGCGCGGCUGCGCUUCCCGCCCGUGCCGGGGAAGUGACGCGGGGCGGGCCGGCCCCGGAAGCGCCGCCGGGACCCCUCCGCAGCCAUGUAGGACCCGCGGUGGGAAGCGAGGCGCGGCCGCCGCCAUGGACGGCAGCGGCGCCGCGGCUGCGGCGGGGCCGGGCGUGCCCAACCUCACCCCGCGGCACCGGCAGCUCAUCCCCACGCCCUGCGGCCCCAUAAAGCCAUGCUCAGAGCUCUCGUUCCCCGUGAAGAUCUACUUCUGUGUCACUGUCCUGUCCCUGCUGAGUGUCAUUGGGCUGACCAUCGAGACGCUGCUGCGCCAGGCUGAGCAGGACUUCACCAUUUCCUUCAUCCAGCUGCUGGGAGCUGUGUUCUGUGUGUACUACGUGAGCCGGGGCAUCCUGCAGGAGAACCGCCAGGAGCUCGUGGUGUUCGUGCUCUCCGUGCUGCUGCUGAUGCUGCGCUCCGCCGUCAACUUCAGCCUGCUCCCUGCAGGCCAGCAGCCCCAGCUCCUGGCCCGCUUUGUGCUGAUCCUGCUGGUGGGCUCCUUCGAUGUGGUCUGUGCCCUGAUCCUCCUCCAGAGCCAGUCCAUGAUGGCAUUCCGGGUGGGGGGAGCCCUGGAGAGCCUCCAGGCCCAGUACUUCAUGCUCAACCUCUGCUUUUCCAUGCUCACUUUUGAUCUGCAGGCACAGCUGAGCCUGUGCAUCCUCCUGAUCAGCCUGCACGAGGUCACGCUGCUGCACAACAUCAUCUCAGCCACGGGAGUCAUCUGGGGCUGCCUCAAGGUCACCGUGGGCAUCAUUGCAAUUUUAAAAGAGCUGAAACCUCUGGUGUGGCUUUUCCUGGUUCAGAAUGUGCCUGAGGUGGUUUAUCUCAUCUACCUGCUCUACACGGUGAUAAGGGAGUGGGGCAAAGGCAAUUCUUACACCCUGGAAGCUGCUUUCAUCACUGGCUCCUGCAUUUCUGUCACAAUAAAAUCUGUUCUGUUCUGGGCUCUGGUGCACGUCUACCGCAGCUUCGGGCAGGGGCUCAGGGAGAGAAUGUUUUCCUCCUAUGGAAGGAUCGACUCCUGAGCCACCCCAGCACUCCUGAGCAGGGACCUGCACCCAGGGUGGCAAUCCAAGGUCACUUCAGGAUGGAGGAGGGUCAGGAAGGUGGCACAAAUGUGCAGGUGGGACAGAGCUUGAAAAGCAGAAUGUUGGGAAAUUCCCAGCUGAUCCUGCUGACAGGACCAAGCACCUUCCAGCCCUUUUCCUGCUGCUUUGGAAGCACAGGGGGUCACACCUGCAUGGGAGUGGGGAAUGUUGCUCCUUUCAAAGCUUUUUGCCUGCACAGACACAAACUCAUGAAGGAAAUGUGCACACCCAGCCUCUGCUCCUGUCUGGAAGGGGAUUGUGCUGCCCUCAGCUCCCAGCUUGGAUCUGCUGCAGAGCAACCCUGAUGGGUUGGUGACAGUGGUGUCCCUGUCCAAGGCUCCUUUUCCUCCUCUGGCUUCCAUAUUUCCAUUAUUUUUUAACCCCAGCUACACAUCAAAAAUACUCCCUGUAACCUCAGCCCUCCCUCAGUGUAGCCAAGGUGCCAUUUCACACCGGGGGACUGUUACAAUUAAGCCUUUAAUAUUGUCAUUUCAAAGUUUGGUAUUUUAUUGACUGGAACCUUUAACUACUGGCUAUUUUUUAAUAAAGUAUAAGCACAGUUUG